AUGGAAGACAUGAGUUAUGAAGUAAACUAUGAUCUCCUGGUUGGCUAUGCUAACACCUUAUUGGCAUCACCGAUAGCCAAAGAGAAAAGAAAAUUGGACAUUAUGGCAGUCCAAAAUGAAGCUGCACAAAUUGAUACUGCACCGGUGAAAAGUGCAAAAGGAAAGAGUAAAAAGUCUAGUGAAGCAUCUUCAACAACAAAUAGUACUAGGGUUACCAUGAGUGUCCUAACCAAAAAGGAACUGGAACCCAAAGUCUCUAUUAAGAAAGAGACGAAAAAGAGAGGCAGGAAAUUAAUAUUGCAACCAGAGUCUAAGGGAACAGAUUCUGAUGAAGAGCCAAAGAAAGAAAAAGCAACCGACAGAAUAUCCAAGAAGAUAAAGUACAAAGCACAGUUUUCUUUUAAAGCAAGAAGAUUGAAGCUUCUUAAUGGUAAAAGGACAAUUGUCAAAACUGAGACACAUCAAAUAGCCUGUGAAAUCAGAAAAAUGAAGGAGCUCAUCCAAUGUUCUAAGAAUAAGGAUACAGAAGAGAUAGUUGAUGAUGUUAUUAGACUGGAAAUGGAUGAAGAGGAAAUUAUUCAACCUGAUGAGUUCUAUCCACUCAAAAAGAAGGAUUAUUUCAUUAUUCUUGUUGAUGAUAAUGUUGAGAACAUAGUGGAACUAUCUGGAGACAUCAAUGCACUAGAUUUGGAGCCCCCAACAAUCACUAAUGUACAAGUUACACUUGUUGAGCAACCAGCUACUCAACCAAAAGUGGACAAUCCACUGAGAGAUGUGGCAACUGAGCCAUCGGGAACAGACAUCACAGUUGGAAAUGUUGAAAUUGGGAAUGAGCAACAAACUGAAACAUCAAAUGAUCCCCUAGAUACAGGAAAGGCAGAUACCACAGGAUUCAUCAGCCUUGCUUGUGGAGGAGGAGAAGGGGCAUAUAAUGACAGUAAUGGCAUACAAUGGACAUCAGAUAAGCUCUACAUAGAAUCCGGAGAAACCCACACGCUCUCAAAUGCUGCUCUAGAUUAUCAACUGCAACACGUCCGAAGUUUUCCCCAAGGAAAACGAAACUGCUACGUCCUACCUGCAAAUCGGGGAACAAAAUACCUAAUCCGCGCCUCUUUUCUUUACGCCAACUACGAUGGCCUUCAGGCGCAGCCAAAAUUCGAGUUGCUUAUAGAUGCGAACCUCUGGACUACUGUUAUGAUAAAUAACACGUGGGAUAUUGAUGUGGAGGAAGCGAUCAUGAUGGCGAAGACGACAUCAAUCAGCAUAUGUUUGGGGCGCAGCGGCACUGACACCCCCUUCAUUUCUUCGCUGGAGCUUCGCCCCAUCAAGCCUUCCAUAUAUCCAGAUGAUGAUUAUGAUAGGAUCUGGAGUGGGCAAGGAACAGGAACAGGUCUAAGUUACAUGACAACCAGUAACAAAAUUGAUACAUCGAAUAUAAACCUUCCGUCUUCUGUGAUGAGCACUGCGUGGGUUCCUACCAAUGUUUCCUCGAAGGGAGUGUAUGUGAGUUGGGAUUUUGACCAGAUUGGUUUAUACUAUUUUGCUGUGUCUUUCGCAGAGCUUGAGGUGCUAAAACCCAAUGACACGCGGGAGUUUAAUAUUAGCAUAGGUGGUACCCUAUGGUAUGGUAACGAAAAACCUAGUUUUCUGGUGGGGAACACUGUUUAUUCCAGUCCAACCUAUAUGAUUCUAUCCACGGGACAGACGAAAUUUUCGCUGGUUGCUACCACCCGAUCUACUCUUCCACCUCUUAUCAAUGCCUGGGAAAUCUAUCGCUUUAGCAGCGUACUUGUCAACGGCACCGACUCUAACGAUGUGGUUGCAGCUAAUGACAUUUUGAGACACUUUAAUUUCGAAAAGGAUUGGACCGGUGACCCUUGUGUACCACAAAAAUACUCUUGGGAUUGGGUGAAUUGUAGUACAGAUUCAUCACCAAGAAUUAUUGCAAUGCAACUCUCGGGGAAGGGGCUCAAUGGCACCAUACCUGCGAGCUUCGGCAAUCUCUCUGCUCUUGUUAAAUUGAAUUUGUCAAACAAUAACCUAAGUGGUUCAAUACCGGAGGAACUGACCCAGUUAUCCAAUCUAAACGAAUUGGAUUUGACAAACAAUAAUCUAACUGGAUCCGUGCCCGAUGGUCUGGCUGAUAAGCAGAGAAAUGGAAAAUUGGAUUUAAGUAUUAAUGGGAAUAAUCUGGAUUGUGUAUCCAAUGCUUGCUCUAAUUCUACCACCAAAAACCAUAGCAAGAAAAAAGUGGCUGUGUGGGUGAUCAUAGCUGGAGUUGCAGCAGUUGCAAUUCUCGCUGCAUUAGUGUUAUUGAUAAUAUGGAUAAAAUCAAAUAAUCGCACUCCAUUGAGUACAACAAGCAAGACAGAAGCAUCAUCUAUGAAGGGAGAUAUUGUCAAUCCGGAAGCAUGCCGGUCAUACAGUUAUCAAGAGGUGAAAGAGAUGACUAGUGAUUUCCACAAGCAGAUUGGAAAAGGAGGAUAUGGACCAGUUUAUCUUGGUUGGCUUCAAGACAGGGAAGUAGCAGUCAAAGUAUUAUCUGAUAAGUCACAUCAGGGUCCGAAAGAAUUUUCCACCGAGGUGGAUAUGCUCUCUAGAGUACACCACAAGAAUCUAGUAAAACUCAUUGGGUACUGCAUAGAGGAGGAAAAUAUGGUGCUAAUCUAUGAAUUUAUGUCCAAUGGAGACCUACGAAAGCGUCUCGAUGGCCAAAAUUGUCGUGGAAAAUGCCUUGAUUGGCAAACAAGGCUCAACAUUGCAUUGGAUGCCGCCCAAGGUCUGGAGUAUUUACACAAUGGCUGCAACCCAGGCAUAAUUCAUAGAGAUGUGAAGAGCUCAAAUAUUCUUCUCAAUGGAAGCAUGGAGGCAAAAGUAGCAGAUUUUGGAUUGUCAAAAUAUGGUCCUUUGAAUGGAGCUACACACAUAUCUACGCUAGUGAAAGGCACCCCAGGAUACCUAGAUCCAGAAUAUUACACUCUUGAUCGAUUGACAGAAAAAAGCGACGUAUUUAGCUUUGGAGUUGUUCUAUUAGAAAUUAUUUCUGGACACCAACCUGUGAUUUCUGAGUCCUCUACAGAAAAACAAGCGCACAUCAGCAGCUGGGUAAUGAAAUUCAUGUUGAAGGGAGAUAUAGAGAGCAUUGCAGAUCCUGCUAUGGAAAAGAAGUAUGAAACAGAGGACUUAUGGAAAUUAGCGGAGUUAGCAAUGGCAUGUUGCUCAGAGGAGUCAGUGCAGAGGCCUACAAUGAGUGAAGUGGUGUUGCAAUUGAAGGAAUCGACGAGAUCCCCAACUCCACCUCAUCCUCUUCAUUUAUCUUCUCCUGAAAUAUCACAUCUAUCUUUAUUAAAUCCACGCCCAAGAUAA